GUGAGCUUGUUGUAUAAAGACUCGUCUCCCUUAGCACCAGUGUGUGUGAAGUGCUGCAAGAAUGAAGUUCCUAGCCCUGCUUUUUCUGCUGUCAGUGGGCGCAGCCAGCGCUGAGGUGUCGCCCCGGGCUGUGUGGCUGUUCCGUGAGCUGAUCAAGUGCACCCUGCCCAAGAGCCACCCACUGCUGGACUUCAACGGCUACGGCUGCUACUGCGGCCUGGGGGGCAGCGGCACUCCAGUGGAUGAGCUCGACAGGUGCUGCCAAGUACAUGAUAACUGCUACUCACAGGCAAAGAAACUGGAAGCCUGCAGAUUCCUCCUGGACAACCCCUACACUAAGUCUUACCAGUACAGCUGUUCUGAUGGGAAGAUCACAUGUAGCAGCAAGAACAAGGAGUGCGCCAUGUUUAUCUGCAACUGCGACCGCGCUGCUGCCGAGUGCUUCGCCAAGGCGCCCUACAACCCCGAUCACAAGAACGUGGACGACAAACUGUGCAAGUAAUCGCCCUCAUGUGCGUCCGGCCGGCCGCAGGACCAACCAACCAAAUAAAUAAUCCAAAC